UUUCUCAAUGAAAAGAAAAAAAAAAGUGUCACUGGUCAGUGGUAUUAAGAUUCCCUCCUUUUCAUGUUCAUGCUCAUAAGUCCUCUGCUUGCAAUGCAUGGACAAUGUCUGCUGCUCUGAGACUUAUCAGAAGAAUGCUGAUUUCAAGGAUAACUCUAGCAGCCUUGGUGCUCUUCAUCCCAGCAUGUUCAACAGCAAAUGAUUCCCCGUUCUCACUCAUUAACAAAGCCACUGGUUUUUGUUUGCUGAAAAAAUCCAACCGCUGCCUUGACAUGCGCUGGACAACCGGUAAUCGUCUCUAUGCUAUCUCAAACAAAAAGUGCCUGGGAGCGCAGGGCAAAAGUGUGGGGAGUGAAGUAAGCCUCUACGAUUGUGACGACAACAGUGACCUCCAAAAGUGGGAAUGCAGAAAUGAGACACUGCUUGCCCUCAAAAGCCAAAAUCUCUUCAUUGAAAUAAAACCUGAUGAAUCCAUUGCUCUUUCCAAAACUGACGGGCCGAAUAACCAACUCACAAUCACAGGGACAUCCAGUGGUGCUUGCUCGAGAACAUACAGAGAACUUUAUACCAUUGGAGGAAAUGCAUUUGGCAAGAUCUGCAUGUUUCCCUUCAUGUACAAAGAUCGAUGGUUUGGAGACUGUACUACAUACGAUUCCUCAACACGGCGUCCUUGGUGUGCGGUUGAAACAAAAUAUGAGCAUGAACAGUGGGGAUACUGCCCGACUUCUUCCACAGAGCACUGGCCAAGAAACCUUAUAACUGGAGCGUAUUACCAGCUCAACACAGAGUCAGUUCUGACCUGGUCUCAGGCUGACGCCAGCUGCAAACAGCAGGCUGCCUCCCUGGUCAGUAUCAUCGAUCCCAAUGAGCAGGCUUAUAUCUCAGCACUACUGGGAACAGGGAAACUAAAACUCUGGAUCGGGCUGGUCCUGGACCCAGAACAUGGCUGGCAGUGGUCUGAUGCGAAGCCUUUCCGUUAUCUGAGAUGGAACACAGGAAAUCCGCUUCCUAAUCCGGGACACAACUGUGCAUUUCUUGACUCUGCUGGGGAGCAAACUUGGCAAAGUUCAUCCUGUGGCAAGAAACUGGGCUACAUCUGCUACAAAAGCGGGGCUCCACCAACUCCUCCACAAAUUGAGGAAGGAUUUUGUUCAAGCCCUUGGAUUCCCUAUAAUGGCCACUGCUUCCACCUUUAUCGUACCACUCAAACAUGGUCUAAUGCUCAGAGAGAGUGCCGCAAAGAAGGAGGGGACCUAGUGACCGUCCGCAAUGUGGAGGACCAAAGCUUCAUGGUCUCUCAACUCGGAUACGCAUCCAAUGAUGAGCUUUGGAUUGGACUGAAUGACGUAAGGACAGAGGGGCUGUUUGACUGGAGUGACCACUCCACUGUCACCUUCACCAGCUGGGAGUAUGGGAAACCUGCUGUGUCCACGGAUGCAGACGACUGUGUUCUAAUCAGGGGAGAGAAUGGAAACUGGGCAGAUCGCUCGUGUGAUGAGAAUCAUGGAUUCAUCUGUAUGAAGCAGAGCGUCACUGAACGCCCCACAGAUGAAGUAGAAUUGGAUGUCGGCUGCAAAGCUGGUUGGAAAAGGCAUGGUUCCUUCUGCUACUUUGUAGGAGUAGAGACAAAGACAUUUGAUGCAGCCAAAGAGGACUGCAAGGCCUCAGGAUCCUACUUAGCCGAUGUUUCAAAUAGGGUGGAUAAUGCAUUCCUUGUCAGCUUGGUGGGGUUGAGACCAGAAAAAUACUUCUGGCUAGGCCUCUCAAACCAGCAAAACAUUGAUGAAUUUGUGUGGACCAACACAGACUCUGUGAGAUUCACUCACUGGAACACUGAAAUGCCAGGUUCCCAACAGGGCUGUGUAGCCAUGACAACUGGGAUUUUGGCUGGACUCUGGGAUCUGCUGCCUUGCACAAACAAUGAGAAAUACAUCUGCAAGCAUAUGGCAGAGGGAGCAGCUCCGACCGUUCCACUACCGACUCAGACUCCUCCAAAGUGUGCGGACGGUUGGUUGCGAGUGGGAUCAAGAAACUUCUGCUCUAAGUUUUUUACAGGGCCUCGAGCAAAUGAGAAGACCUGGUACGAGGCCAGGGAUUACUGCAGGGCCAUCGGAGGAGACCUGCUCAGCAUCCAUAGCUCUUCUGAGCUCAUUCUGGGACGACAUGGAAAAGCCUGGAUUGGACUACAUAUUCCUGACCCAAGCACUGGAUAUACAUGGAGCGAUGGAUCCGCGGUGAACUUCCUUCACUGGCAGGAAGGAGAGCCAAACAACCAUAAUAAUGACGAAUCUUGUGCUGAAUUCAGAAUUUAUUCCUGGCAUGAUUCUGGGUCGUGGAACGAUGUGAACUGUGAGAGUUACAAUGACUGGAUAUGUCAGAUCCGCACAGGAGUCACUCCGAAACUACCUCCAAAUGAUACUGCCACAGAGUAUAACACCACUGCAGAUGGUUGGCUCCAGUGGAGAGGGAAGCAGUAUUAUAUAAACAGGCACCCAACGCCAAUGGAGGAUGCGCGCAACUUCUGUCAGCAGAGACAUGGUGACUUGGUAUCUAUAUCCAGUAAAGACGAAAAUGUGUUCCUAUGGAAACAGAUUUCCAGAAGCUAUGGGUCCUAUUAUUUAGGUUUGUCAGUGGACCUUGAUGGUUCAUCUUGGUGGAUGGAUGGUUCUCCAAUUGGGUUACAAAGAUGGGAUGAAAAUCAACCAAAUUCUAACAGCUUUGAUGAGAACUGUGUUACAAUGACUUAUUAUAUGGGCUUUUGGAGAACUUCUAAUUGUGGGCAAGAGCAUCAGUUCAUUUGUAAACGAGGAGGAUCACCACCUGUCAACACCACUGUAGCCCCCACAGUUCCUCCUAAAGGUGGAUGCUCAUUCCCAUGGACCAAAUUCGACUCCAAGUGUUACAAUAUCAUUACGCGGAUGACCACCUGGGAAGAAGCAAGGAAACAGUGCAUUAACUUUGGAGGCAAUCUAGUCUCGAUCCCCACAAGGCGUGUGCAAGCAUUUUUGAUCACCAAAAUAGCUGAAGUAGCAACUACAGACCUGUGGAUCGGUUUAAAUAGUUUGAAACAAGAUGGAUUUUACUGGACUGAUGGAAAACCAAGAAGAUACACCAACUGGGGCUAUUCUAAACAGCAACGUCGUCCUGGGUCCUUUUAUCAAAGAUGGAAUGAGGAAGAGUGUGUUGCGAUAAGCAGGAGUCCUACCAUUGGUAAAUGGUGGAUUAAGUCCUGUAAUGAAACCAAUGGAGCGGUCUGUGUUCGAAAUGUUGACUCAAAUAUCGUACCUCAACCAGAGAAACCAACCGACAUCUACGUAAAGCUGGGAAAUGACAGCAUCAAGCUUGUGACUAAAAAUCUGACCUGGGAGGAUGCACAGAAACACUGUGAAGGUGAUAAAGCCAAACUGGCAUCCCUGAGAAAUGAGUGGACACAGGCCUAUGUCGAGCUGCUGACGAUGAAUCUCAAAGCUCCUGUUUGGAUUGGACUGAACAAACAGAAGACAAACGGUUAUUUUAGGUAUAUUGAUGGCUGGCAGAUGACCUUUGUCAGCUGGGCUCAAGGCGAACCAAGCAAAGACCAACCUUGUGUGUACAUAGAUGUGGAUGGACAAUGGAGGACUGCUUUCUGCAAUCGGACCAUGAACAGUGUUUGCAUGCAGACUACAGAAGUGCCACCAACAGAGUCAACCAGCUACCCGGGAGUUUGCCCUGAAGAGACAAAUGUGGAGUACCACCAGAGUUAUUCCUGGCUUCCAUUCAAGGGUCAUUGUUAUUUGUUUGUCACAGAGGAAAUUGAAUGGCCAGACGCAGCUAGUAGCUGUGUCAGGCAUGGUGGAAUACUGGCCAGCAUCCAAGAUCCUAGUGAGCAACAAUUCAUUAAAAGCAAUGUGGAAAUAUUUCAAGACAGCCACCGCUCUUUCUGGAUCGGCCUCUAUAAAACCCACAGAGGAACAUGGCAGUGGUUGGAUAGAACAGUCUUGGACUACACCAACUGGGAUACAGAUGUGCCCGAGUAUGAUUAUGGGGAGAUCGGAACCUUAGAUGGGAUGUGGAGGUCCGGUCGCGGAUGGCACGACAGAGCAUACGUCUGCAAAACACCCAAAGUGAUGCCCACUGAUCCAUGGUCAAAACCUGAGCCUCACGGAGGGCAGGAUCCCCGCAGUCGUGUCCACACGAGUUUGAUAGUCAUGCUGAUCAUUACUCUCGUUUCUACGCUGAUGGUCAUUGCAUUCUUCGUCUACAAGAGGUCUCCUCGUCCCUUACCCACGUUUGACAAUCCACUCUACUUCGACAGUGAACGAUCCCAGCCCGAUGUGGUCGAUACCAAUAAACUGAUAGAGAAUGCAGAGGUGGAAAACCCUGAGCCUAUUUUAACUAUUUGAUUUACAAAGUUCAAUUCAAUUUAUUUUGUAUAGCGCCAAUUCUAACUAGAUAGAUUCUGUUACUUUGGCGCAGAAUCUAUCUAGUUGGAUCCACUAUACUCUGCUGUAUCCCCUACUGAUGUAUUACACGUUGAUGCUUUAUUAGUGUUUUGGCUUUGUUUUUUGUUUUUUUAUCUAUAUAUACGGUAUAUAUUCAGUUAUUUAACAAUAUGUCACUAAGUGCGAGUUUCAAUGAAGUUGGCAAUGUCUGACCUCAUGGAACAGAACAAUUUAGGCUCUAGGAUGUCUCAAUGGGAAUGAUUGGUAUUUGAUUUUGUCUUUUAAAUCUAUGAUUGAAUGUAUAUAAUUGUUAAAUGUUGUGCUUAUGCUAACUAGAUGCUGUUCAUGGCUUGUACUCUUUAAAUGUGUGGAAAAAACUGUCACUGUUAAAUAAACAUUAAACUUGGUACUAAACAAAAA